UCGGCUGCAGGUCACGUGGGCGCCGGCUGGCCAGGUGGGGACAGUGACGCAGGCUGCGCAGCCAGGUACCUGGGGCGCGCCCCGCCGGCCCCUCCCGCCCGGCACUCGGAGCGAGAGCCGCCUGGCGCGCGCCCUGCCCACCUGGCCGCCCACCUGGUGGGGCCGGAGCGCUGCCGCCUCCUGCAGGGCCGCACAGGAAGUGGGGGGGCGGGGACAGGGAGGGACCGAGCGGCCGGGACGGAGCUCGGGGCCUGCAGAGCCUGGAGGUGGCCCGGCCCCCGUCGGCCGCCGAGCUCGUAGCUCCGUCCUCCGCCCCACGGCGCAGGUAAGCCUGGGGGACAGGUGACGGGGGAACAGGUGAGCCUGGGAGACAGGUGGGCCUGGGAAGGGACGGGUGAGCGAGGUGGUGGGGAUGAGCCUUGGGGAGGGGGCUGGCAAGGCCGAGGGCGCACUUCCUCCCCUUCGCUUUUCCCGCAAGCCCUGCCCCGGGGGCCGCGUCACUCUGCGGCUGCCGGCCUCCGCGGUGGCUGCCCAGCGGGGGCUGUGGGAGGGGACAGAGCCUGGCUGGACCUAGAGCCCCUGACCUCUGACCCCCCCCACCCCGUUCCCCUGGGCUUCGGGCGUCCCAGCUCCCUGCUCCUCCCCUCCUUUGAGCCCUAGGGGACACUCCCUCGCCCUGGACGGGACUCGCAGCCAGAGCUCCCACUGGGGCAUCAGGGCUGAGAUUACCCUAGGGAGCCCCAGGACCUUUGAAAAGGCGGGGCAGGGUGCGCACGGAACGACCCUCCCAGCAACUCCGGAGAAUCUGCUGCCCAAACCUGCUUUGGCACCAGGAGUAUCGGCCCCAAGAAUGAGGACCCCCUCCCCACAUCAAACUGGGAACAAACUCCUCCCCCACUCUGGUCACCGCGGCCACUCAGCAUGUCCCAGCAGCACUCGGACAGCUCCUUGGAGGAGAAGCUCCUGGAAUACCGCUUCCACUCGGAGCUGCAUCUCGACACCGAGGGAAACCCAGCGUCCGGGCUCCCGAUGGUCCGGGGCUCCCUGCAAAGCAGGAGCAAUGCCGCCUUCCAGCCCGACGCCCCGGUGCCCCCGUCGCCGUCCCCUGAGGCCCAGGAGCUCAGGACCAUCGUCCUGAGCACGCAGAGCCCGGCAGCCCUCAAGAUGGGCACUCAGCAGCUGAUCCCCCGGAGCCUGGCUGUGUCCAGCAAGGCUAAGACCCCAGCCCGCCAUCAGAGCUUUGGGGCAGCCAUGCUCAGCAAAGAGGCUGCCCGGCGGGACCCCCGGCUCCUCCCGGCCCCCAGCUUCUCCCUGGAUGACAUGGACGUGGACACGGGUCCUGGGGGGAUGCUGAGACGAAAUCUGAGGAACCAAUCCUACCGGGCGGCCAUGAAGGGGCUGGGGACCCCCGGCGGCGAGGGCGGCCCCGUCCAGCUCAGCCCCAAGAUCCCGGCUCUGGCCGAGGAGCCCAGCCAGCCUCCUGCUCGGUCCACGGCCAAAAAUAAGACGCUGGGGCGGAAACGUGCACACAAGGGCUCCUUCAAGGACGAUCCCCGGUUCUACCAGGAGAUCCGGGAGCGAGGCCUGAACACCAUCCACGAGUCCGACGAUGACUUACUCGAUGAGUCCUCCAGCCCUGAGGAAACCCAAAAGGCGGAUGACCGCAUCGUGGUCAAGAGCUACCGGCCCCCCCAGGUCACCUGGAGCCAGCUCCCAGAGGUGGUGGAGUCGGGCAUCCUGGACAAGCUGCCCGCCGAGGAGCACGAGAGGCAGGAGGCCAUCUUCGAGAUCCUCACAUCAGAGUUCUCGUACCAGCACAGCCUCGGCAUCCUGGUGGCCGAGUUCCUGCAGUCCCGGGAGCUGCGGGCGACCAUGACCCAGACAGAGCACCACCACCUCUUCUCCAACAUCACGGACGUGCUGAGCGCCAGCCAGAGGUUCUUCGAGGACCUGGAGAAGCGGCAUAGGGCGCAGGUGUGCGUGGAGGACGUCAGUGACAUCCUGGAGGAGCACGCCGAGCGGCACUUCCACCCCUACGUCUCCUACUGCUCCAACGAGGUCUACCAGCAGCGCGCCCUGCAGCAGCUGACAAGCAGCAGCGCUGCCUUCCGAGAGGCCCUGAGGGAGAUCGAGCAACGGCCCGCGUGCGGGGGUCUGCCCAUGAUCUCCUUCCUGAUCCUGCCCAUGCAGAGGGUGACCCGGCUGCCCCUCCUGACGGACACACUCUGCCUCAAGACUCAGGGCCACCCCGAGAGAUACAAGGCCGCCAGCCGUGCACUCAAGGCCAUCAGCAAGCUGGUGAAGCAGUGCAACGAGGGGGCCCACCGGAUGGAGCGCAUGGAGCAGAUGUACACGCUGCACACACAACUGGACUUCAGUAAGGUCAAGUCCCUCCCGCUGAUCUCUGCUUCCCGCUGGCUGCUGAAGCGCGGGGAGCUCUUCGUGGUGGAAGAAACCGGGCUUUUCCGAAAACUCUCUAGCCGACCGACAUGCUACCUGUUCCUGUUCAACGACGUCCUCGUGGUCACCAAGAAGAAGAGUGAGGACAGCUUCGUGGUCCAGGACUACGCCCAGCUGGACCACAUCCAGGUCCAGAAGAUGGAGCCCUCGGAGGCCUCUCUGCCGGGGGGCGGCAACCGCAGCUCCUUCGUACCACACGCCUUCCAGCUGACCCUGCUGCACAACAGUGAGGGCCGCCAGGAGAAGAUCCUGCUAUCCUCCGACUCAGUGAGUGACCGCGCGCGGUGGAUCACAGCACUCACGCGCUGGGAGAGGCAGCAGCCAGACCCCACUAACAAAGGAGACCUGCUCCAGGUGGAGAUCACCAAGGCCUACUUGGCCAAGCAGGCGGACGAGAUCACACUGCAGCAGGCAGAUGUGGUCCUGGUCCUGGAGCAAGAGGACGGAUGGUUCUAUGGCGAGAGGCUGCGGGAUGGAGAGACGGGCUGGUUCCCUGAGGACUUAGCCCGGAGCAUCACCAGCCGCGUGGCCGUGGAGGGCAACAUGCGCAGGAUGGAGCGGCUGCGGGUGGAGACGGACGUGUAGCCGGAUCUGCCGGCACCUCGCCAGGCCAGACUGCGGCCGUGCAGCUUUGGUCCACACUCCAGCAAGUGGAGUCCAUCCCCAGGGAGCGCAGUGGGCUUGCUCCCAGGGCCUGAAAGCUCCCUGGCCUCCCAAGGCCCCAUGGGCUGCAGCGCAGGCUCCGGACAUUUCCAAGGAGGAAGGCCAUACACCCUCAGGAGGGGCAUCCUCCUGGCAAGCUCAGGAGCCGUGCCAGCCCUGACCCCAGGCUGCGUCCCUGGGAGGAGCCCAGCCAGGCCUGCUUGCUGGCCACGCCGUCCCCCAGCUCCUGGCUGCCCCGCCCAGCUCCCUGUGCACCCACAGGGCAGUUAUGCCAUGGGCGAGUGAUCGAGGCGGAUGGCCCUGAGAAGAGCAUGGGUGACCUGGAGGGCUCGCCCUCCUGCACCCCUCCUGCCCCAUGUUCCCAGAGGAGGGCCAGCUGCCGGCAGGUGACCCUGCAGAGCCAGCACUGGAAUUGUGGCUUUGAGACAUUAAAGUACUUCUUUAACACCUGGA